AUGGCGCAGUGCUCGAUCUGGGGCAAUGGCUAUGUGUCCAGCUGCUUGAGCGAGAUUCUCCCGCCUUCGAGUUGUAUAGCAUCAGGAUUGCUAAUACUGGGCAUGUAUCAUUUAUACUCGCGAAAAGGAAACAUACUGCGCAGACCCGAGUACAUGACCGUCCUGUCACCGCUAGCUAUAAAGUUAGAGCUCUUGUGUCUUCUACUUGGAGGUGUUCUCUCUUUCAUUCGUGGCUACCAAUCCGAUACGGUCCUUUCAACGGCGAGCCCGCCCGCGUAUUUGCUGCUUCUCGUAAAGCUAAGAUUGUCUUCGGGAUCUAGUUUGAUUCCAACUCUGCAAACUCACUCGGUAGUACUCUACACAUUGCAAUGCAUUUUUUGCGCAGUGACUGCCCACGCGCAGGUAGUGACAAACGCAGCACAACCCCUGCUUCUCACUACGCUCAUCCAGAGCGCCAUUUUUGCGAUCCUCUCUCUCCUCCACCUAGCGUCCACGCGACAGCCCAUGGAUAAUAAUGAUGCGGGCGACAUCAGAAAAGACAUGACUGCUAGCUUUCUCUCGCGCAUGUCGUUUUCCUGGCUCGAUGAGCUCGUUUGGAAGGCAUUCCGGGCGACGCUAGAGGUGCCGGGUCUGUACCCGCUCAGUGAAGAGCACAAGUCGGAAACUAUCGCUCGAGAGUUUAGUUCUAUAUCCUCAGCCAACCUGCUGCGCCGGCUGUGGCAGCUUACCAAAUACGACGCCCCUGCGCUGGGGGGCUGGGCGGCUGUCAACAGCGUGGCCGUGUACAUUUCGCCGGCACUCAUACAAAUAUUUCUCACAUAUCUGGACGCUGCGGAUGGAACAGCGUGGCUGUGUGUCGGCGGUUUUCUCGCUGGUGGCAUCCUGGCUGGCACAGCAGACUGCCAGUGCGAGUGGAAACGCCGUCAAAUCAGCGCAAAGGUCCGCGCGGUGCUCGUCAAUGAGAUAUACGAAAAGGUCCUCCGAAAGCGCAUCACACGGUCAACAUCUGGAGAAGAUGGGGAGGCCACCGGCGGUGACAUUUUCAACCUCAUGUCCGUCGACGCGGAGAGCGUGAGCGCCGUGAGCGGCGAUCUGUAUUUCGUCUGGGUCGCGUUUCCCGUGCAGACAGGCAUUGGGACAUGGCUGCUAUACAGGCUACUCGGGAUCAGCGGCGUGCUGGGCGUGCUAGCCAUGAUCCUUUUGCUGCCUCUCAACUUCCUAGUUGCGCGGCGCGCGAUGGCGGUGCAGGCGCAGGUGUUGGCAGCCAGUGACAAGCGAAUCCACGCAACGAAUGAUGUGUUGAACAACCUCAAGACGAUCAAAUACUCGGCGUGGGUGCAGCCGUUUAUGAAGCGCGUGUUGUCGAAACGAAGCGCCGAAAUCAAUGAGCUGCGCGCGCGGUAUAUCUGGUGGUCUGUCAAUAUGACCACGUUCCACGCACUGCCGUUCGUCGUGACUAUGAUCACGCUUUUCUUGUAUACAGUCGUCUGGGGGGGUUCCCUACGCACGUCCACAGCCUUCCCAGCGCUGGCUAUCUUCGGCAUCAUCCGAAUUCCCUUGGACCGCAUGGCGAGUGCGGCCAGCUUCAUGAUGCGCGCUUAUGUGUCUUUGAGGCGGAUCGAAAGCUUCUUGCUGGAGGGGGAGACGGGCAAAUACCAGCAGCUCAGUGCUUCUGCUUCUGAUUCUGAUUCAAGCCGCGUUGGUUUCGAGAAUGCCACUUUCUCGUGGCCUAGUGCAGUCGUUGGAACAUCCGCUGACCAUACAUCUGGAGAAGACAUCUUACUGACUGCGAUGCCAGCCUCACCUUUCCGCUUGGGUAAUCUCAAUAUCGCCUUCCAGACGAACGCAUUGAACAUCGUCUGCGGCCCCAGCGGGGCUGGAAAAUCUUCCCUGUUGCUCAGUCUGCUGGGUGAGAUGGACCUGCUCCAUGGCCGCGUAUUCCUCGCUCACGACGAGAACCCCUCGUCGUCAAGUUCCUUCAACAAUACCACCGCCUACUGCCCACAGGAUCCCUGGAUUAUGAACCGAAGCAUCCGGGACAACAUCCUCAUGGAGCAGCCGUUCGACGGCCCUCGCUAUGAGCGCGUGCUGCACGCCACAGCGCUGCAGCCUGACCUGGCCGCCAUGGACCACGGUGACCUCGCUCUCACUGGCGAAGGGGGCUGUCGGUUGUCAGGUGGGCAGAAGCAGCGAAUCGCGUUAGCACGCGCGCUUUAUAGCCCGUGCAAGUGUGUGCUCCUGGAUGACUGUUUGAGCGCCAUGGAUGUGCAUACGGCGAACCAUGUUUUCUUCCAUGGUAUCAAAGGGUUGUUGAUGCGAGGGCGGACAUGCAUACUGGCUACGCAUGCGGUGCAGUUAGUUACGCCACACUGUGGGUAUGUGGUGGUCUUGGACGAGGGCCGCGUAGUCGGCCAGGGAACGCCGGAGAAAGUGAUAUCCGAGGGUCUGGUAGCAAGUGAUUAUGUAGGUACUAGCUCGACCCAGGCUCAUGUUGAGUCCGCAACGCUCGAGUAUAGUGUCGAAGUAGACGACAAGCCCCAUGAUGUCGAACCCCAGUCAACGUACACAGAAACCAGGGCCGAGGGCAAGGUGGCCUGGGCUGUCAUGCGCACAUAUUUGGCGACUAUGGGAAAAAAAUCGUACUGGAUACUCGUGCUUAUCAUGUUCGGUGCACAGCAAAUCGCCACUCUCGGCACAAGCCUCUGGAUCAAGCAAUGGGCUUCCGAAUAUGACAAGGAAUCAAGCUCCAAGCCAAACGUCUCGUAUUAUAUCGCUGUAUAUGCCGCCAUCUUCCUCUUCUACAUGCUCAUCACAUUUGUACGAGACCUCUUCACGUUGCAUGGCGCUCUCCGUGCGUCCGCGGCGAUAUACUCCAGCCUUCUCGGCGCUAUCCUCAAUGCCACUCCGCUGUUCUUCGACCGCACCCCUUUGGGCCAGAUCACGAACCGCCUGACCAAGGACGUCGAAGCCAUGGAUCAGUCACUGCCAGGAUUCUCAAUCAACGCACUGCAGCUCGUCGCGUCCAUGGCCAUGAUGCUCGUGCUGAUCUCGACUGUUGUGCCGGUGUUCCUUGUGGCAGCGGUGUUCAUCUGUGCGGCGUACUACUUGGUGACGGUCCUGUACAUCAACGGCGCGCGCGACCUGAAGCGCAUCGAAUCGGUGCAGCGCUCGCCUAUUUAUCAGAACUUCUCUGAGAGCGUGGCAGGGUGUGUGAGCCUGCGCGCCUACGCACACGCUACGGCCAGCUUCACGCAUCAGAACCGAGUGCUUGUCGACAGCAUAAACCAGGCGUAUCUGCUGCAAUGGGCAACGCAGGCAUGGCUGAUGUUUCGCAUUGACGUACUCAGCUCGCUUGUGUCGUUUUUCACCAGCAUGUUUGUGCUGCUGAACUCGUCUCGCAUCGACCGCGGCAGCGCUGGCCUGGUGCUUACAUUCGCUGCCAGCUUCACCGAAAACGUCAUGUGGUUUGUGCAAAUAUACAGUAUCCUGCAGCGCGAUCUCAACUCGAUUGAACGCAUUCUGGAGUAUGUCGGCGUCGAGCAGGAGGAAGAAAAGAAGGACAGAGGCAUCUACGACCUGCCCAGCCCGUGGCCGACAGAGGGCCGGGUGAGCUUUCACAGCUUCACAGCCCGCUACACGAACGAUCUUGACCCGGUUUUGGACGAUGUCAGCUUCGAAAUACCGCCGGGCCAGCGCGUGGCUGUCGUUGGGCGUACAGGGGCUGGCAAAAGCUCACUCGCGCUGGCCUUGAUUCGGGCGCUGCGCCCGGAUACUGGACAUGUUGAGAUCGACGGCGUAGAUAUUCGCUCUUUGCCCCUGGAGCAGCUACGACAGGCGAUCACGCUGGUGCCGCAGGAUCCACAGCUGUUCGAGGGCACGAUCCGUGACAACCUGGACCCUCUGCAAAUGCACAGCAACGCGGAAUUGGUCUCGCUGCUGCGCGAUAUGCACGUCAGCCAGGCGACUGACAGCUAUCUGAACCAAGCAGCAACAACACUGUCGCGCGGCCAGCGGCAGCUGCUGUGUAUUGUGCGCGGGAUAUUGCGCAAAACACGCAUUCUGGUUCUCGACGAAGCAACGGCGUCGUUGGACCACGACACGGACGCAGCCAUCCAGGCGACUCUCAGGAUCAGCAUAGCCCAGGGAACGACAGUGCUGACGAUUGCCCACCGGUUGCACACUGUGGCUGAUUACGAUAAGCUUGUGGUGCUUGAUGGAGGGCGAGUAGUGGAGGACGGCCCUGUUGCGGAGCUGCUGGAGCGACGCGCUGCGUUUUGGCGGUUGUGCGAGGAGGCGGGCUACCAACCCGGUUGA